AUGGAGCCGCCGGCGAAACGAAUGCGCAUACUGCAGUCCAUCGGAGUCGACGAGGUGGACGAGAGUAAUCCAGAAUACAUCAAGGGCAAGCAACAGAACAGCGAAUGGCUGAAGAACAAAUGGAAUUCGAUCUAUGCAAAAUACGGUGCCAUGCCGGAUAUGAUGAGCGACGAGGUGGAUAUGCGCGGCAACGGGUCAAUUGUUGUGGACAGAGGGCACAUGAGGAAGUUGGACAAGGAAUACCGAAACCGACUGGGACGACAACGGAGGACCAUGAUGCCCGCAGAGGACGAUACACAGCUCGUGGACGAUAUGUUCGCGAACGACAAAGAGAUGAAUUUAGAAGAAGAAGAGGAAGACCACGACGAGAGGGACGAAUUGGCGCCGUCGCAAUCACCAGAACCUGCACCUCUCAAGUUGAAUUCGCUACCACACGGAAGCGCAUCGCAUCAGCAUGUCUCCCCUAUCGCUCGAUCAAACGGUCAGACCGACAUACCUGUUCCGAAUACACCCACAAACGCGACGCUACAAGCGACGCUCGCCGCUUCUACGAACCCAGCCGCGGACCUGAUACAGCUUGUCCAGUUCCCUCAAACACCGGCUGGGCAGCAGGCACGGAAAGCUUUCGAAGCGCAAACCGCGCAAGCCGUCCAACAAGCCGUGGCCUCGAUCUUUUCGAGCUUGCUGUCCAACGUACCAUCGCUCCAAUCUCCACAAUUGAACCUCCUGCAAGAGCCCGAAACACCGGUCACACCUGUUCUAGACACUCGCGAGGUUGCGCCUGCCACCGUACCCAGCCUCUAUCAUCCCUCUCCACCUGUGGUCUCAGAAAUACCCGCCGCUACGCAACCAAGUCCGGUACCUGUUCCUCAGAAUGAACGGAAGAAGCGACGUUUAUUUGCGGUAGGUGUACACAUCAAACCCAAGCGGCACGAUAGCACUCGGGAAGAUAUCCCUCUCGUCAUGGAAAACGACGCGACUCAAGCUACGGAGGAGCUAGCGAGCGAACUCUCAAUCAGCGGCGACAUGUUGAACAACGAUCAGCUUACAGUCGAAUCUCCUCAAGAACGGUAUACCAAAAUUAAAAAAUGCUUUUUUACCGCAGAAGAGGAUCAGUACAUUAUCGAGUCGAGAGUAUUGCACAAUCGUCCGUGGGCGGAGAUCAUAAAUAGCCGACCGCAUUGGCAGAACUGGAAGAAGAAUAGGUUCUGGGCGCAUUGGCGCAAUGUCCUGAGAGAGAAGGCUGCAAAUAUGAAUCCUGGGGAAUCGGGAUUGGUGUCAAUCGGGAUUCAAAAUGAUGCUGAGAUAAUACCAAAAGAGUCAACUUCUUUGAACAAGGAACGAAGACCACAACCCCACAGCUCACCUGCAGCUGCUCGACAUCUACCUACCCCAAGUUCGCUCGGGCAUGACGAAGACAAGCAACAAAACGAAGAGCCUAUUUCCAAAAAUUCUGAGAACAUUAUCGCUUCUGGGGGCCAUUUCGACGAAGACGAGAGGGAUCUAUUGUCCCUGUAUGGAGACACCGGUCCGAUGUGUGACGUUCAGGCAGAUUCACUAGGUGGGAACACCGACGAAGACCUGAACGAUGCUCGAGAGAUCCCAGAAACGCCGCUGAACCUCACCCAGGAAACCUCACUACAGGCUGUCCUGCAAGGCACAGUCACUCGUGAGCCCACGGUGGAUGUCACCAUCGCAUCAAGUGCUCACCAGACCAAACCGUCGCCGACGAAGAUCACCAGGGCAGCAGCUACCAAGGCGAACGGAAACACGACCAACGUACAAACCCCGUCUACGAAUAGGCCAACCGCAGGUCCCACAUCCUCUGUAUUAAAGAAGUCAACCAACAAGUCCCGAACCAGCAUCACCUACCGCGCCGACCCGGACUCCGACUCUGACGUCGACCUCAUCGCUAGCGAACCUCCAUCCUCAGCCCUCCCCUCCUGCCCCCUCUGCAAACAAACCUUUCCUGCACCCGCCCUCCUUCAAACACACAUGACCCAACCGCACCCCAAGGAAAUCCAUGUCCGCGCAUCCUCCCCCCUCCCUACUCUCGACCAAGCCGACGAACUCCAUACCCAAACCCCGACCACACCUCUUGUCGCCAUCAAACGCGAACCCCUCGACGACCAUGACGACCCACCAAUCAACCUCCUUACCACACCUACCUUUAAAACGCCCACAUCCGCGCCGCAGCGUACGGCGGCGGGGGUGCACUCCUCAGGCGCAAAGAGCACGGGAAAGAUGAGCCGGAGCGCAUAUAAUCAGGUGAAGCGGUCGUGGGCAAGGAAGGGGACGCCGGUGGCGAGGAAGAGGCAGAGCCUAGGGAAGGUGGAGGUGGCGAGGAAGAGGUUCUGGGAUGACGUUGGGGAUGGGAGUGAGGAUGAGUUGGCGAUGUGA